CCAAGGUUUUUUCUUCUGCAUGGAAGUAGUUUCUUUCGUGGCUACAUGAAGUACAACACUGAGUUGGGACAUGGUGAUUUAGACUCGGGAGUAUAGGCCGAAAGGUUACCACAGCGUUUACAACAAAUGACACUUGAUGCAAGUAAAUUCACAACUUUUCAUCAAGGCGCGACAUUCCUUACAGGAUUGGCAAGGAAACCCCCAAUAUUAUUGGCAAAGUUGGACUCCUAUAUAGUCUUUGUGUGGAUCCGGGUUCGUUUUCAAUCAACUUUGCCUGAGGAACCUGUUCAAAGGGACUUGGAUUUGAUAAAAAACAUAAUCAAACUGUUUGUGGUCUUCGAAGGAAAGAAGUUUUUUAUGACAUUGGAUAUUGACGUUUGGUGCUUAAGGAGGAGAAUGAAUCUACAGUCUGUUUUUAUUCUGGCAGUGUGCUGUUUAGGUCAGUUAGCAAGUGGUUGCAGUCCCCCAGAGCCAGUAGAGGGCCUCGUUCAGUUCAUCAACGCGGUUGACGUGGUAAAAAGGACAGAGGUCACUUAUCAACCCGGAACCAUAGUAACGGCUCAAUGUAGAGAACCCGGUGUUAAAGAGCUGAGAGGAAACACAAAUGGCCAGACAUGCCAACAACGUGGAACAUGGAGUGGCCAACCACCUUCUUGUACAAGAGAUUUUGAAGGAAAGCUAACCGUCGUUGGGGGCGUUUCCCAGCAAGUAACAGAAGAUGGUCGACUGCUAGUCUAUACGUCAGCCGUUAAUUCUACCGUGGAAGUCAGAUGUAGUCUCAAAGGGAGAUCACCUCAACAAACGGGCACGCCACAACUAGAAGCUUCCCACAUACACGUAGAUAAUGCAAGAGUUCAACAACUCGUCGAUGAAAAUGGCCAAGGGACACGGAGGGAUUCCUUCAUCCGUCUAAGCCCAGCAGAGGGAGGCGACUCUGGGGUUUUCGAAUGCUCCAAAUUUAAAUCCCCAAAAGUCAACCGACUUUCAAUUAGGUUUCGAGCAGAACGAUCAUUCAGUGCAGGGAUUCUAAACGGUCCAUCCUGCCCUGAUAAUAUUGUACAAGAGACAGAUCCUGGGUUACCAGACGCUGCUGUGAAUUGGACUCAACCUAUAUCAGACGAGCAGUUACAGACGGCCAUUGGAGCAGACCAGACCUUUACGUUCAACGCAACACACGAACCAGGGGCUAGAUUCCCGAUCGGAGAUACAGAGGUUGUUUAUACCGUGAGCAGGGAUGGGAACGAGGUUGAAGGCUGCAGAUUUACAGUGACUAUAAUCGAUACGGAAGUACCCCAGUUUGUAAAACAACGAUGCCCACAUGAUACCACCAGACGGGCAGACCCUGGACUCGAUACCACUGCCGUCACAUGGGACCCAGUGAGUGCCUUUGAUAAUACACUGCUGGUCACCAUCUCGUCAGUGGGAGAUGUAAAGUCAGGGGACAAGUUCGAGGUCGGACGAACGGAUGUGUCUUACGUAGCGGAGGAUCCUUCGGGGAACACAAACUACUGCAAUUUUACUAUAACCAUUAUAGAUAUAGAACCACCGACCAUCCAUAACUGUCCUGGAUCCCUUUCAGCCAGCAUCAUUGACAUGCAAAUAAGCAAAACUCGCGUGUACUGGAACGAACCGAACGUCACAGACAACACGAAUAAAUUUAGUCUGGCCCCCACGCACAUGCCAGGGGACUUAUUCGACUACGGCGAGACGGAUGUCAAGUACAUUGCCAGGGACAUGUCGAACAAUGAAAACCACUGUAACUUCAAGGUGACUGUCUAUGAUAGAGUACCACCAAAGUUUUUCGACUGCCCCCUCGGUCAAACUGCUUACUUGACCGGGAACGCGACGACGGUACCAGUGACUUGGCAGCGUCUAGUCGCCUGGGAUAACAUCGAUAUUGUCGGUCCAACUGUCUCGACUCACGAGCAAGGACAGCAGUUCGGUGUCGGAACGCACCUAGUCAUGUACACUGCACGGGACCAGGCAGGGAAUAAUGGCACGUGUGCUUUCAACGUAACCGUCGAAAUUGCUCAGUGUCAGUCAGAGGUAACUCCAUAUGAAGACGGCAUCUUGACUUGGCCAGCUGCCCGCCCGACCAAUCUGGUUCCAUCACUCCAAAGGUGCUCAGUCUACACCGAAAACGCUGGGAGUAUCCGAGCUGUACGUGUUUGCAAUCCAGAUGACCAAUUAGGUGCUAUUUGGCUGGAGCCGGUACUCAAAGACUGUGGUGACGUCAGAGAUUCCGUUGACCUGGACGACCUAACCAAUGUUGAGGUUGGAGAGGGGAAUGUAAUGGAGGUUUCUCAAGUAGUCGCCAUGACAGUUUCGAAUAUGACGUCAGUGGCAGAUCAUCUUGACCCCGUGGCAAACAUUCUUGAGCAUAUUGUGAAGGCUGGGUCUCCGUCUGUCGAGGUGACCAAGGCUGUCAUUCAAACAGUCGAUGUCGUCAUCUCGUCCGUGAGCGACCGUGACACUGCCCUCACUGACGAAGAGGGGUCAGUUUCGUCAGACGAUACUCCACGCAACCGCUCAACAGCCUCUUCCAGCAUCGUACGUUCCCUCGAAUCCCAAAUCACCUUGGUCUCCAGUAACGUCACCGAUUUGCGUGUCUCACUCCCGAGCCUCGCAGUGAACGUGAUCACGGUGAAGACAUACGGGAACGAGGAAGAAACGCAAUUUUUGUCUGUUUUGAACGAGGUUGACCCCGACUCGUCUACUCUUCACGAUGGGGGUGUUCACACUAUGCCGAAGGGGGUGAGGGGAGACUCGGAGGGCAUGUCGUGGCCUGUCGAUACCGCGAUUACUCUUCCGUCAAACAUCGGUGAGGAAUCGAGUAAACGUCUCCUUGGUAACCCUUUAUCUGUGAGCGUAAGCUUCGUUCUCUACCAGACAGACGGACUCUUCGAUUCCCCUAACGUAUCACGCAUGCUCACUCCGGGAAUCUCUGGUGAAUACGUCACAUCCGGUCGUGUUAUCUCAUCGACUAUAGAGGGCGUACAGCUGAUGAAUCUUAGUGAACCGGUUGUGGUAGAAUUCACCCCACAUCAGGAAUGGAAUGACACUAUUGGCUUAGCACAGUGUGUAUACUGGGAUUUCAACCUCGACAACGGAACAGGGGACUGGUCAACGGAUGGGUGCGAGUACGUUGGGUUCGAGGAUGGACGUAUCAAAUGCAACUGCUACCAUCUGACUAACUUUGCAGUGAUCAUGAGCAUGAAAGACAUGGAGCUGUCCCCGGCGGCUAUUUUCAUUUUAGAUUUCAUCAGUGCAGUUGGUUUAGCUUUGUCGAUAGCGGGCGUGUCUCUCACUCUGUUCACCUUUCUUGUAUUUGGUAAUUUGCGCGCCACUCGUUCCCGCCAAAUCUUGAUGCAGCUGUGUCUUGCUCUGCUGUGCCUGUACGUGGUCUUCCUGACCGGUAUCGACGCAGUCCACCAUGACGUCAUCUGCAUGGCUGUGGCUGCCACAAUCCACUACCUGGUUCUGGCGUCCAUGUUCUGGAUGGGUGUAGAGGCGAGGAACAUGUACCUUCUGCUCGUCAGAGUCUUUAAGGGGAGAGAAUCAAAGUUUAUGUCAAAGGCUUGCUUCUUCGCUUGGGGUGUUCCAUUGGUCAUCGUUGCUAUCACGUUUGGUGUUGCUUAUCCGAUGAAUAUGUAUCGUCACCAAGAUUUUUGUUUCCUGUAUAUUGGCCUGGCCCAGUACCUCGGUCUGUUACUACCCAUUGGACUGGUCCUUAUACACAACGUGGUGACCUUUGUCCUCGUGGUUCGUAGCCUCAUCAACAGCGACAUGCGAGGUAAUGCCAAUAAGAAGAAGAAAACCCAGAUGCAGAAGCUGUCAUGCCGUCUCCAGAAUGCCAUCUGCAUGUCCGUCCUUCUUGGUCUCUCCUGGGGCUUCGGGUUCCUCUCCAUCACCUUCGGCUCCUUCAUUUACCAGCUCAUCUUCUGCGUUGCUAACUCCUUCCAGGGUUUGCUGGUGUUCAUCCUCUUCUGCGUUCGCUCCGCUGACGUCCGCAAAGCGUGGAGGAACGCCAUGCCGAUUGAGUGCAACCUGCGCGGUCAGACGUAUAAGAUUCAAGAGCGGUCUCGGACCAAUGUGUUUGCCGUGGAUGGCUGGGUUGGCUCGUCGAAGCUUAGCGAUGCCGAUGGCCCUGGUUUGGAUGUCUACAUGUAUACCAGCUACUCAGGAGACGGAAGCAGCCGCUGGGACGAUAGUAAAUACAUCUCCUACACUUCGCAGUUGUCCAAUAUGACCAAUACAAAUAGUAUUCACCGGCCUUUUAGUAUAUACAGCUCGGAAAAUGGAACCGUUGGGCGAAAGAAGUAGGACAGGCAUCUACUUUGUGCUAUUAACCUCAUUGCCAUAAGUAUUGUUUGGUGUUACUAAAGAUGGUCCCCCCUUCAAGGAAACUCGGGAAACUCCCUCAAGAGAAUAUACACACUAAGCUGGCAACAGCUGCAAAGUCUCUUUCACACAUACAUUGGUUUAUUAAACGUCUAUGAUUGUGAAUUUCACAAAAUCAACGACUGUGAUUUAGUAUAAACUAUAUAUGCGACAAUAACAGCAUCAGAAAAAACCCAGCAAAAAUACAGACAGCAAAUCUAAUACCACAGUUCUCUAGAGAGAUCUUCAACUUCAUCGUUAUCCCUGUUUACACUGUAUCUCUUUGAAUAUCCCCAGAAACACAGCCCGGUGAGGCCCGGGACUUGUUUUUACCCCACGGAUGCCCCAAGCGUACUUUCAUAUUGUGUCCCAGCCUAAAUCACCGGUUGCAUGUUUUCAAGAAUAACUCAGGGUUUUACCGCUUACCCCUACUCCAAAGUAGGGGUGGCUUUUCCUCGGGGUAAGUGUGAAAAGGCUGGCCGUUGUUGUUACACUGGGCAAUAGAGUAGUGAGAUUAUAAGGGCUUUUUAUGUAAAUACUUUAUAAAUAAUGUUAUAAAUUGAUAUCCAUAAUAAUUGGUCGAUGUUAUUCAAUGAGUAUAACAAACGUUUGUAUAUAAUUUAAUUAUUAUUUUGUUUUGACCACCAUUCUUGUGAGGAUGAUUAAGGCUGACGUUUUCUGAGGAAACAACACAAUAAGGCACAAAAAAACAAACAAAAAAAAAACAAACAAGCGCAUAAAAGAAGGUACUUGAAAGACGUGACGAACCUAGAGGAAUGUAUGCAAAACGUGAAAAAUUCGGGUAAGUUUGCAUUUUGAGUGCAUGUUUUUAGCUUGCGAUUCACCGUGCAGGGUUAUCCGAGUAGACCGUCUGCGCAGCAGCAGUAGUGCGUGCAGUCUGCUUCGUGACCGUAGUUCUGUACGUAGGCGUCAUACCAAUCAGGUAGCCAGACGUAGUGAAUGGGGCCAGACUACGCAUUUUUCUUCAAAUAUCGCGCCUCAAUUGACGUCACGAAUAGCGCCCUCUCGGGUCGGGGCCUACUCUUAAAUUUGUAAAUAAAAUGAAAACUGAUUUUUUAGAACCUUAGUUUACGGUUUAUUCACUUUUCACUUAAUCAAAGCACUUAUCCUAGUGACAAAAGCUUUAUUUUGAAAAAAUAUCACUUUCAGGUGACUGUAAAAGAAUUACAAAGAAAAAGAAGACGAAGAAAAAAUCCCAAACCACACAUUGACUAAACAUAACAAAAGAGACUUAACACACGUUCGGAGCAUCUUUCCCGAAAGCAUGUUUUCCCGGAGAUUGCGCUCUAACGAACACAAUGCACUCUAAAGCAUUUACUUCGAUAGCCAAGAGUAAACAAGAACCACUCAACAUACUUUUUAUGAUUCCCUUACUCCUUAGAAACAAUCUACUGGCGUGCAAACAAGUUUUCAAUCUUCAUACAAAAUCCAACAGUUCAGAAAUAAAAUGACAACAAUUUGGCAAUUCUUAAAAUGUUAUCAUUAGAGUGGUGAAGAAACGAAUAAGCUGCCUGUAUAAACAGCCAAGAAAUAAAGAACCAAAAAACCAUCUUAAUGCUCAGUGGAGAAGUAUUUUGUGCACCUGUAUUAAACUGACGCUUAACCCUCAUACCAAGGGACUCAUAUUUUUAUUGACUUUGAUCGUCUCGACACUAUCCCGUUGAUACACGACUCCAAGAUAAUGCCAUUAACCGGAACCACGGCCUAUACGUGAUUAAAGCUCCCAAAGGUUUGUGUGUAUGAAAUCACACGAAAUGAUAAGUCCGAUGGGAGGUACUUGCUCACGUUGCGUACGGGAGAGUCAUUGUCCGUUAUUGUUUGGUUUGGGAAUUGUUGCAUUUAAUAUUUAUACUGAUCAAAGUGAUAACAUUGAGUAACAGACCUAUUGCAGUUGGAGAAACUGUCAGAAAAGCUGAAGGACUUGUGUAACUUAUUGUCAGCUCUGUGUUGGAGUUUUCUUACUUUUGACCAAUAAAUGCCAUGUUCUGGUGAUUACGUUUAAUGAAGUAUACACGAAUUAAUUGAUUACAGACACUGGCCACCUUUGGUAAUUGUUAAAGACCAGUCUUCUUGCUUUGGUGCAACUCAACAUAUGCACAAAAUGACAAACC